CUUUAAUUUUCUAAUCUUUUCAACAUGCAUGUUUUAAAGGUCGCUGUAACAUUUGUCGUUAUGACCAUACUCCUCAUGAAUCUUAGCAAUGUGGAAAGCGCUGCCGUAACGCUUACGUCCCGACCACUGACAGUGACGGCGACACCAGAAGUAAACACUGCCGCCGAUUCAACUAACAAAAUGAGCAUGUGCUGUGGUGACCUCGGGUGCUUUGAAGCCGCUGGUCCAUUCUUCGAUAUUGUCAACAGACCAAUAACAGUUCUUCCUGUUUGUCUCCUGACUCAAUUCUUGAAAAUGCGCCUAAGUACAAGAAAAAAUCCCGGCAGCUUGCAGACACAAAUUCUCAAUCCCGAUGACACGAAAACCAUUAAGCAGUCCUACUUUGAUCCUGCGAAAAAAUCCUACAUUCUAAUUCACGGCUUUGCUGACAAUUUUCAGUUUUCUUGGUGGCAGGAAAUUGUGGAGGAAUUAUUAAAAAACGGCGACUACAACGUUUUAAGAAUGGAUUGGUCUGCUGGCAAUCAGGCGCCAUACGUGCAGGCUACAGCCAACAUCCGCUUAGUGGGUGCAUACGUAGCCAAGUUUCUUCUGCAUCUACAAUCGCAAUACAAAGUGGAUCCAUCAAACGGUGACAAAGUUCAUCUGGUCGGCCACAGUCUCCGUACCCAUGGUGCUGGGUAUGCGGGAGCAAUUCUGCGCAGCAAAGGGUUCGCUCUCGGGCGCAUUACUGGACUUGACCCCGCAGGUCCAUAUUUCACCAAUACGGACCCAGUUGUGCGGCUAGAUCCCACUGAUGCAAAAUUCAUCGAUACGAUUGCAACGGAUGGUGAAUCCCUCUUUCAAGCUAGUUUCGGAUCUCCCCAAGGGAUGGGGCACUUAAAUUUUUUUCCUAAUGGUGGCUUGCGUCAACCUGGCUGCGAUAAAGGAACCAUUCAUCCGGCGACAAUGAACACAAGCACUUUCAAUUUGAUUGGAGUGACGGAAGCGACAACGUUUGAGUUGUUUGCGUGUAAUCACGCUCGAGCUAUCGCCCUCUACUCAGAAAGCAUUAAUGCAAAGAAAUGUUCCAUGACCUCUCAUCGGUGUGAAAACUAUGAAAAAUUUCGAAAAGGCGAAUGCAGCUCCUGCGCGAAUAGCAGCUGUGCCACUUUGGGAUUCAAUGUAGAGACAAACCGGGCGCAACCAAAUUCGGUCUUCAGCUAUUACACGUUAACGGCCAACAAAUCUCCCUUCUGUUUGCCGGAUGCAUCCAAAGCGGUUAAACGGUUAAUUUUGCAAUUUAAGGAAACGUUGAGAGCUGUUUAUAAAGAUUUAAUAUAGUGGCUCACUGACUGGCAACAAUUGAAAAAUGUAAUAACUAUAUUAUCGUUUUCAACACUGCUGUAUGUCUUGAACAUGGAACUUUGUUAUUAUUGCCCUCUGCUAGUUUGUUAUUCUUGCGCUCCUGCAUCUUGCAGUUUUGAUAUUGUGCCAUAAAAACAGUGCCAUAA